AUGUGUAAGAAACUCAUUUCAGUUGUUGGCGCUACCGGGAUCCAAGGGGGCUCCGUGAUCGACGCUCUUCUGGACGACGGUACCUACAAAAUCCGCGCCUUGACUCGGAACCCCGCGAGUGUCGCAGCGAAGGAACUGGCUAGAAAGGGUGUUGAAAUCAUCGCUGCAGAUGUCACGGACAUUUCCUCUCUUGUCACUGCCUUCGAAGGCUCUUCUGCCAUCUAUGCAAUGACCAAUUUCGGAGAGGCGUAUUUCACCACCGGGAGCCCGGAGCAAGCUAUCGAUGUUGAAGCUCAACAGGGGAUCAACUUGGCCAAAGCCGCAGCUGCCACCAAGACCUUGGAACACUACAUCUGGUCGACACUUCCGAACAGUAAGGCUGUUUCUGGUGGCAAAAUCACGGUCCCUCAAUUCGAAGGGAAGAACAAAGUCGAGGAGUUCAUUAGAUCAGACCCCUCACUCUUGAAGAAGACCACGUUCUUUAUUUUGGGAUUCUACUUGGAGAACUUCUCGUACCCCACGUUUGCGCCUUUCGAAAUUCCGGGAGCUGCCCAAUAUGUGCAGCUUCUCUGCACUCCUGGUGACACCCGUCUUUUGUGCCUUGGUUUUGCCAGGAGGAACAUUGGACGCUUCGUCAAGGCGAUAUUGGAACAGCCUGAGAAGACAGUUCAUGGCAAAUAUGUUUCUGCUUUCACGGAGGAGACAACCCCGGAGCAGAUGUUGAAAUCGUGGGCGAAGGUCAAAGGCAAGACUGCCCAUUACGUGGAGGUUGGCAAGCCAACAUUCACAGAAUUGUGGACUCAGAUGGGCAACGAUAUGAUCGCAAAGAUGCUGGACUUCCACCGAUCUAUGGAAAAGAAUCCAUGGGCUGGCAGUGAGAAUGUCUUGAACAAGGAUGACCUUGGUGUGACUGGUCUGCUGGAUGUGGAACAAUCCUUUGCUGCGUUGAAUGGGCAGGUCUAG